AUGUCCUGCGGUGCCGCUGCUGACGUUGGAGGCCACUACUGCAGCAGUACUCUCAGCAUCGAACCUUGGAGUGAGGUCGUGUACGUCUCCGACAGCUCGGGGAUGUCCUCCUCGAGCACGACAGCGAACACCGGAGUGAUGCUCUUGGAGCUUGCCGGCCGGACGUUCGUGGUCCACGAGCUUGACCGCGGCGCGAGGAUCGCGUGCGGUGUUCUCGUGGCUGUCGAGAUGGCGAUCGUGGGCGCAGGCGACCUGGCUGCCGCAGGCACGGUCACCAUGGCCAGCUCUGGCGUCGCUUCCCAGGUCUUGACGUGGGACCUGACUGGCCUGGACACCGACUGCGCGGCUGGCGCUGGGGACGGCGUGUCGGACGGUUGUGGGAUACACGUGCGUACGUGGUCCACUUGCGAUGUGGCAGCUGACGUUGGUGGCCACUUCUACAGUUCGGCCCUCGACUCGGAUCCGUGGGCCGACUUCGUCUACCUGGCGGACCGCCUCGGUGCCUCGACGGGCGCGGCGGAAGUUGCCACUGGCCUCGCGCUCGCCAGCCAGGUGGGCAGGGCCUUCAUCGCCUGCGGCAUCGUAGGCGAGGAGAUGGCCAUGACCACAGAUAUGUGCACGACCAUGACAAUGUCCACGACCAUUGAGAUGUCUACGACCACGACCAUGGAGAUGUCCGCGGCAGAAAUGUCCACAGCCACGGAGAUGUCCACGAAGUCCCUGCGGCGGAAUGCGUUGUGGCACCGGUUGCACCUACCGUAUUGGCUGGAGCCUUUCCUCGAACAUCUGCCCCGACCCCUCGCGGACGCCAUCCUGACAUGUCUUCCGAGCCGCGUCCAGCCGGACAAGUGGACCCCCCCCGAGGCCGACAAAAUGAUGUUCUGGCACAUGCCGCUGCAGUUCGCGGGGCCUGUGACAGCCAAGCUGGUCCCCCGAAGAGCGAGGCAGGCGCACGCGGGAGUGGAGUGGGCGUGCUCCAGGCGAGGGCUCGGUGGGCGAGCUCUGCUGCUCAUCUGCGCGCCGAUCUUGUGCGCGCUGUUGCCGGCAGGCCCGAGCGCGCCGGGCUGCUUCGUGAGCCCGCGCCCUCCACGGGCUGCCGUCGGGCCUCAGCCCGGCCCCGUCGGCCAGCGCCACGCGGCCGCCGGGCCGCGGGACCCGCGGCCGUCGCAGCACCCGCCCCGGGGCCCGGCGGCGGCGGCGCUCGCGGCCCUGCUGCUCGCCGCGGCGGCCGCGGCUCCGUGGCCCGCGCUGGCAGCCGCAGCCGACACCAUGUCCGAAGAAGAGGCGCUCUUGCCAUGGGUCAAAGUCGUGCCUUACUACGGGACCAUAUUGUACUUGAUUGGACUUAUUUCCUUGCGAGUGGCUUAUGAGUAUUACAACUACGUGUACAUCGUCAGCGCCAUCUUGCUCCUGGGCCCGCCAGUCAUCAUCAACUUCUCGUACAAGUGGGGCCUCUUCGGUUUUUAG